AAGAAAAGCAGUGCUGUAAACGUUUUUAACUGCUUUACUACCUGAUUGACGUUUAUUUUGCUAGAAUUGAUUCAUCAAACGGAGAAGCGCUAAACUGGAAAUGAUUUAAAAGCUUUGCUAAUUGGGUUCCAAAGGAUAACUCUUUAUACGAGAAAAAGAAAAUAUUUUAAUCUGCAACUAAAGAUUUUGCAUUUUGAUUUAGAAUUAAGGAUUAUGUGAUGCGAUCUAGCUUAUUAUUUGCUGGGAGAAAAACCAGUCACUGUUCAUGAGGCAAGCAGAACUUGUGGCUCAGUUAAAAUAUUUAAACCAGUGCACCGGGUCUCCUAAUGUUACCUUUAUCAGGGUUACAAAAUAUAUCGGCGAUUUGCAGAUAGCUCCUUGCUGUUCUUUGGCUCUGUUUUUGAUGCAAGGCUUUAUGUAGAAAUAAGUUUCUCAGUGUUCUAAACAGCCGGCGGGCGACAAACAAUUGUGCAGCUGAUUGUUGGUAAUCGUUUUAUGCCAAAUACUGACGUCCCGGUGACAAGCAUUUUCUUUUUUUUGCAAUUGUAAUGCAAAACUUUGAGUAAAUAUUAAAAUGAAAUGUUUAACUAGAGAACAAGAAAAUUUCAAUUCUCUCGGCGGUAUAGUAAGAAGAGGGAGGCAAUUGAAUUGUGAAAUAAAAAUCAGUUAUCAAUUAUCAGGUAUAAUACGAAAAUAAUAAUUGCGCUAUUCAUGUAGACCCGACCGGCCCUAAUCAUCGGGUCUGUACUGUUACAGAAAACUUCUAUUUAACUUGCAAAUACAGGUCGGUGACUCGUUAACACAUUUGGCACAAUUCCCGAGUUGAUUAAUUCAUUUGUAUAAAUGAAACUCUAAGCUUCCUGUGGUAUCACUUUUUGUCAAUGUUUCUGAAAAGUUGGACGACCUAUGAGCGACCGUUAUGGAAGAAGAGAGCGAAAUCCCGGAUAAGUUGCGAGUCGGUGUAUGUUCUACAGUUGGAGCGCUUUAUUUACUCGCCUCGAUUAUCACACUAACAAUAAACGGACUGUUAUUGUUCGUGAUAUUCAAAGAUCCUUUGAAAUGCUUCAGACGACCGUUCGCGGUUUUAAUAACUGGAUUGGCCACAACCGACUUUCUUGUUGGAGCUAUCGGAGACACAACGUCUGCUAAGAAUGAGUUUUACUGCGUUAAAAAUGAAGACGGUGAGACUUACUUCGAUUGGAUUAUGGAUUAUUUUAUCGAUAACUCCGCUACAGUACUGGUCGUGGCUUUGUCUGUUGACCGGCUAAUGGCCGUGGCUUUCCCCAUUUACUACCGCUGCUCCGUCAAAAAAACUCAUUCUGCCAUUGCGGUCCUCGUCAUCUGGGUAUACUGUUUAGCGUUUAGUUUACUCCAACUUGCUGAUAUUCCAGAGGAAAUCUACGAUGCUAUCGAUGUACAUAUACACAUAACGUUGGCGUUGUCAGCCACUGGAGUCAUAUAUUUCAUGAUAUACUGGAUCAUCCGAAAAAGAAGAAACCUUUUUCCAGGCGAGGAAGUUUCAGGUCAGAAAGCCGAAAAGCACUUGCGAAAUCUAAAACGCGAGAAAGAAUUCGCUUACACUGCCUUUCUGAUACUUCUAGCGUUAGUUUUUACGCAGAUUCCGUUUUUGGUUAUGACGAAAAUUGAGUCAAACUGUGAAAGUUGUGUCGAAACUUCGUGGUUUUUCGUAUGCAAGAAAUUUGCUGAUUUCCUAUUGUGCGUCAGCUCUAUUGCCAAUCCGUUUUUGUAUGGGUGGCGCGUCAAGCAAUUUCGAAACUCCUUCAUGGCAAUUUUCUGUAGGUCUCGUCUUGAUCAAGCAGACCUCGAAAUAUCGCAAACUACUCAACCGGCAAACGAAAUCAGAAACUGAAGAAAAGAAUGUUCUUAACUUUGUUUUAAAGACCAUCAGCGAUGGCUCAUUUUCAGUAAUUUUAUGGGCUUGAUUUUACUCCGUCAUUAAAUUGUUUGUACAUAACCCCCCGAGUUCAAUUUGAGCCAUCCUUGUCCCAUUUUGAUUCAGUUAUCGAAUAUCACCGCUAAGGCUAAAUACUUUGACACUAGGGCUUAAUACUUAAAGAUUCUUAACUUAUCUUAUCAUAUAUUUAGCGUUUUUCUGCCUCAGCAAAUGUUAUUCAUACGAAGUUUUCUUUUUAAUUUUAAGAUACGCUAUACCUUAGCACCCUUCAGUUGAAAGGUAUAGACAAUAACAACUCAACCUUAUUUGUAUCUCUUUAAAAAAACUUGUAAUUGAAGAAAAGAGGGUAAUAUUUUGUUUUCGAUUUUUAUUUGCGAUAUAUGUUAUUUAUUUAAUAGCCUACUGCUGUUCGGUACGAAAUUAUUCGCAGCUUUAAUCGUGUUAAUUAAAUUUUAAUACCACCAGCUUCCUUAAUGUUUUAGCCGUCUAAAGUCACGAGAAUAUUUACAGAUAAAAAAUGACUUUAACUUAAAUAUUGUAAAUCGGCUACUUGUUUUCAAAUGUUCCAACUCACUUCUCUUAGCAAAGAACUUGAAGAGACUUCUUGAAAGAGAGAUUAGAUAUGUGUUUUGCAGAUAUAGCAUGUCUCUUGCUGAAUUAUGUAUGAUAAUGCAUUGUGAUAAAUAUGUUAAUAAAAUUGGCUUUCCGCACAAGUAAAUUA